AAGCCACUUCUUGCAGAUUAGUCUUUCCAUAUUUCAAGCAUUGUUAUGGGGCUUAUCCUACAAAAACUACUGUUUGCUUUCAUGCACUUGUGGUUGUGCUGGACUGCUUGUGUUGUUCUCGCAGCAGACAACAGUUUAAAGCCUGGUGAUGCUAUGAAUUCUAUCAUUGGAAUUCAUCCAAAGAUUAUAUAGUUGAUGGCACUGUUUCGGGUUUUGACUUUUACAUACUGGAGAACAAAGGGAACAUAACCCCUCAUCAUCACGGUACAAAAAGGUGGAUAUGGAUAACUACAAUAAUAGCAACUACUUUACUGAUAACAAGCGCAUCCGUUCUAUUGUUAGCCAUAAAGAAAUGAAAACAUGUUCUUCAAGAGAAGAAAAGGAAACAAAUGGGGGUGAAAUUAUCUCUAAUCGACGAUUUUCGAAAUGAUUUGAAAAAGGGACACGGUUUAAAAGUAUUCGAUUAUACGUUGGUUAUGGCAGCCACAAAUGGAUUCUCACAUGAAAACAAGUUAGGACAGGGAGGUUUUGGACCAGUUUAUAAGGGAACCUUACCAACAGAGGAGUUUGCCGUAAAAAGACUUUCAAGAAGUUCUGCACAAGGAAUUGUGGAGUUCAAAAAUGAACUAACACUUAUAUGCGAACUUCAGCACAUGAAUCUUGUUCAACUACUUGGUUGUUGCAUUCAUGAAGAAGAGAAGAUUCUGAUUUACGAGUAUAUACCCAAUAAAAGCUUGGAUUUCUAUCUUUUCGAGUGUACAAGAAGCAAAUUACUAGAUUGGAAUAAGCGGUUCAACAUAAUACAACGAAUUGCUCAAGGAUUAUUGUAUCUUCACAAGUAUUCGGGACUCAAAGUGAUACACAGAGACUUGAAAACUAGUAACAUACUUCUUGAUGAGAACAUGAAUCCAAAAAUUUUAGAUUUUGGAAUGGCUAGAAUGUUUACCCAACAAGACUCCAUAUCAAAUACGAACAGAGUUGUUGGGACAUAUCGUUAUAUGUCUCCAGAAUAUGCUAUGGAAGGAGUUUUCUCGACAAAGUCUGAUGUAUAUAGCUUUGGAGUGUUGUUGCUUGAAAUAGUCAGUGGACGGAAAAACACCAGCUUUUAUGAUCAUGACCACCCAAUAAAUCUAGUUGGACAUGUAUGGGAAUUAUGGAAAGAUGACAAGUGUGUUGAAUCAGUGGAUCCAUCAUUAAUGGAGUCAUUAGAUUCUGAUGAUGUGCAGAGGUGUAUUCAUGCCGGUCUUCUAUGUGUUGAACAUUAUGCAAAUGAUAGACCUACAAUGUCUGAUGUUAUAUCAAUGUUGACAAACAAGAGUGAAAGAGUGUCUUUACCUAAAAGACCAGCAUUCUAUGUUCAAAGAGAGAUGCUUAACGAAAAUUUAUCAUCUCUGCAGAAUUGUGUACUGCUUCUACAGUAGAAAUUACUACUUCAUUGGAAUUAGAAUAAAUUGAGUCACUUAUUUACUAAAUAAAAAAAAACUAGAUAUCGACCUUUUCUUUAAUUUUUUUAUUAGUCCCUCCAACUGUCAAAUAUAAAUAGUUUUGGGUAAGUUAAUUUUUUCAGGUGAGAAAGCCAGAAAUUGAGUAUAACUUAUUUUAUGUAAUUGCCUUGAGGUUGUUCUCUUGGGGUAGGCAACCAUCUAAGAUUUCUGUUUUAGGAAUACGGACCAAGCACCUAUCUAAAACAUUCAAUUAAUCUUAACUCAAUCUCCCUUCUUCUCCUUACUAUUUCUCCUUUUCAAUCCACUAUGUGUUCUCCCAUUCGGUUUCUUGGGCGAUCGGGGUACCUGUCAAUUAGGUUCUGAUGUUUAAGUCAGUUUAAGUCUAUUCGGGUGUUUGUAAUUAAUAUUGUAAUAAAUGCGAGGUAAAAAGUCUUUACAAACUUACCUUGGGCCCCUAUUUAUAGUUUUUGAUAUGGGCCUAUGAUUAGGGUUUUCUUAAUCAAGGACCAAUUGCUUUUUAAACUUUAUUACUGACUUAUUUUACUUUAAUUUCAGAUGUUAUCUUUUUGGUCUGCCCGAAUGACGUCGUUGAGCAUUCGCACCCCGAUCGGCCAUGUGUUUGCCGACACUCACACUAAGAAGGGUAUUAGAGUGAUUUUCAAUUACUUAUCGCUAGGUACAUUAGCCAUUGUGGGCAUAAUUUGGCCGCUUGUCCUUAGGGCCGCUCGGUUGUAGGCUCCCUAAAAUCACUCCGGAGCAAUUGCCACAUCAACAAAUUUCACAACCUUGAUCUCAACCGUUGGAUAGUUCUCCUAUAGUGGGCCACCUUUGGCCGCUUAUCCUUGGGCCGAACGAUUGGGGGUGUUGAUGGGUCAUACAGUACGCAUGUUUCGGGUAUAGGAACCAAGCACCUAUCUAAAACACUCAAUUAGUCUUCAGUCAAUCUCCCUUCUUCUCCUUGCAAUUUCUCCAUUUAAAUCCACUAUGUGUUCUCCUGUUCGGUUUCCCGAGUAAUCAAGGUACUUGUCAAUUAGGCUUCGAUGCUUAAGUCUGUUCAGGAAUAUGCAAUUAAUGUUGUAAUAAAUGUGAGGUAAAAAGUCCUUACCAACUUAUCUUGAACCCCUAUUUAUAGUUUUUUAUAUGGGCUGUGAUUAGGAUUUUUCUUAAUCAAGGCUCAAUUGCUUUUUAAACUUGAUUACUGACUUAUUUUACUUUAAUUUCAGAUGUUAUCUUUUUGGUCUGCUUGACUGACGUCACUGAGCGUUCGUACCCCGAUCAGCCAUGUGUUUGCCGACAUUCACACUAGGAAGCUUAUCAGUGUGAUUUUCAAUUACUUAUCACUAUCACCAGGACACCUACCGUUGCGGGUGUCCUUCAGCUGCUUGUCCUUAGGACCGCUUGGUUGUGAGCUCCCUAAAAUCACUCCAGAGAAAUUGUCACAUCAACAAAGUUCACAACCUUGAUCCCAACUAUUGGAUAGUCUGCCUGUAGCGAUCGGCCUUCGACCACUUAUCCUUGGGCUGAAGGUUGGAGGUGUUGAUGGGUCAUGCAGUACAAUUUCAUUUUUAGAGA